GAGAGAGAGAGAGAAAGAAAAAAAAAUUCGUUUUAAAAGGACUUGAUACAUAUUCUCAGGCGAUUCGCCUCGUAUUAAUCUCAUUUCUCAAUUUAAUUUUACAUAAUUUUAUCUCGACGAGGUUAAUCGCAAAAUUGGCAGAUAUAUUGAAAAUAUGCCCUGUCUCUCUCUCUCAUCCGUCUGUCUCUGUCGUCGCUGCCGAACGUUCGCGAGCAUCGCCGAAGACGGCCGAACGUGACUCUCGAAUUUCCGGCGCACUGCUAGUGAAGGAUUUCAUGAUGGCGCGCGCGUGAAAAAUCACAUUACGGGCAUACACACGUCGAAAAAAGUCGCAUCGUUCGCACACGCGAAUCUGUCGUUUAUCGGGAUCGGAUCACGCGGACGCGAGCGAUCCUCCACGAGCUACGAUCGUAGGCACGCUAACUGUCAAGUGUUCGCUCUCCCGCCGCGUGUGCUUCUCGGCAUCGGCCGUUCCAUUUUGGAGCCUCGUCACGGACGCAGCCAUGCAAGCGCAACAGCAAACGCAGCAGCAGCAGCAGCAGCAGCCACAGCAGGGCCAUCAGCAGAUAGCGGGCACCAAUGUAAUAUUGAAAAUGAACGAGAUUCAGCAGCUGUCGACUGUCGGGUUGUUGGAACUCGCUCACAGAGAAUAUCAAGCAGGGGACUAUGAGAAUGCCGAAAGACACUGUAUGCAGCUAUGGCGACAGGAAACGAACAAUACUGGCGUUCUUCUUUUACUCUCCUCGAUACAUUUCCAAUGUAGAAGGCUAGAGAAAUCAGCACAUUACAGCAGCUUAGCGAUAAAGCAAAAUCCGUUGUUGGCGGAGGCAUACAGCAAUUUGGGGAAUGUAUAUAAGGAACGUGGACAACUACCGGAAGCAUUGGAGAACUAUCGUCAUGCUGUCAGGUUGAAGCCAGACUUUAUUGAUGGUUACAUCAACUUGGCAGCAGCACUCGUUGCAGCUGGUGAUAUGGAACAGGCUGUUCAAGCAUAUGUUACAGCGCUACAAUACAAUCCUGAUCUUUAUUGUGUGCGGAGUGAUCUUGGUAAUCUUUUGAAAGCACUAGCAAGACUUGAUGAAGCAAAGGCUUGCUACUUGAAGGCGAUUGAGACGCGACCGGAUUUUGCGGUUGCUUGGAGUAAUCUCGGAUGCGUGUUUAACGCGCAAGGGGAGAUAUGGCUCGCGAUACACCACUUCGAGAAAGCGGUUGCCUUGGAUCCAAACUUCUUAGAUGCCUAUAUCAAUCUUGGAAAUGUAUUAAAAGAAGCUAGGAUCUUUGACAGAGCUGUAGCUGCUUAUCUACGUGCAUUGAAUCUUAGCCCUAACAAUGCAGUCGUGCAUGGAAAUUUGGCGUGCGUUUAUUACGAGCAAGGGCUUAUUGAUCUGGCCAUCGACACGUAUCGCCGUGCUAUUGAAUUGCAGCCAAAUUUCCCAGAUGCAUAUUGCAAUCUGGCAAACGCCCUCAAAGAGAAGGGUCAAGUGGUCGAGGCGGAAGAAUGUUACAAUACCGCCCUCCGGCUUUGCCCGACACACGCCGAUUCUCUCAAUAAUUUGGCCAACAUAAAACGCGAGCAAGGCUAUAUCGAGGAAGCGACACGUUUAUAUCUUAAAGCUCUGGAGGUAUUUCCUGAGUUCGCAGCUGCUCAUAGCAAUUUGGCUUCCGUCUUGCAGCAGCAGGGCAAACUAAACGAGGCGCUGAUGCAUUACAAGGAAGCAAUUCGCAUACAACCGACCUUUGCCGAUGCUUAUUCAAAUAUGGGAAACACGCUCAAAGAGAUGCAGGACAUUCAGGGCGCUUUACAGUGCUACACACGGGCUAUUCAAAUCAAUCCAGCUUUCGCCGACGCUCAUUCCAAUUUGGCAUCGAUCCACAAAGAUUCCGGCAACAUUCCUGAAGCGAUACAGUCUUACAGAACAGCGCUGAAGCUGAAGCCAGAUUUUCCUGACGCCUACUGCAAUCUUGCGCAUUGUCUACAGAUAGUGUGCGACUGGACAGACUACGAAGCCAGAAUGAAGAAACUUGUAUCUAUUGUCGCUGAACAGUUGGACAAGAACAGACUGCCUAGCGUACAUCCGCAUCAUUCCAUGCUUUAUCCCUUGUCUCACGAGUUCAGGAAGGCUAUUGCUGCUAGGCAUGCUAAUCUUUGUAUCGAAAAGAUCCACGUUCUCCACAAACAGCCGUACAAAUAUCCGCGUUCAAUUGGCACACGCUUGAAGAUUGGAUAUGUUUCGUCGGAUUUUGGGAAUCAUCCGACCAGUCACUUGAUGCAAUCGAUUCCUGGCUUGCAUGAGCGCGAGAAUGUCGAGAUUUUCUGUUAUGCGCUCAGCGCAGAUGAUGGCACAACUUUUCGUGCAAAGAUCGCGCGUGAAGCCGAGCACUUCGUCGACCUGUCACAGAUUCCAUGCAACGGCAAGGCCGCCGACCGCAUCAACGCUGACGGCAUCCAUAUCCUAGUGAACAUGAAUGGUUACACGAAGGGUGCCAGGAACGAAAUCUUUGCCCUGCGACCGGCGGCGAUACAGGUCAUGUGGCUGGGCUAUCCUGGUACUUCUGGCGCAAGUUUCAUGGACUACCUCAUUACAGACGAGGUCACGUCACCGCUGGAACUCGCCAACCAAUAUAGCGAAAAGCUCGCUUACAUGCCGCAUACUUACUUUAUCGGUGAUCACAAGCAAAUGUUUCCUCAUCUGAAAGAACGUUUAAUUCUGACGGAUAAAUCGAAUCUUAAAGGCAAGGUAGCCGAUAAUGUGGCAGUAAUCAAUGCCACCGAUCUUUCCCCGAUGAUCGAAAAUACUCUGAUAAAGGAGAUCCGCGAGGUAAUUGUACCUGACGCAAAGAAACAACCUGUCGAGAUUUCGCUCAAAGUUGCCGAGUUACCGACUACUACCCCGAUCGAAACAAUGAUCGCUUCCGGCCAAUGCCAGAUGUCCGUGAACGGUGUCGUCCUGCAGAAUGGUAUGACUACUACACAGGUGAACAACAAGGCCGCCACGGGCGAGGAGGUGCCUCAGAAUAUUGUGAUCACAACCAGACAGCAGUAUGGCUUGCCGGAAGAUGCCGUUGUCUAUUGUAAUUUCAAUCAGUUAUAUAAAAUUGAUCCUCUCACUCUUCACAUGUGGGCACAUAUAUUGAAACAUGUGCCAAACUCUGUGCUAUGGUUGCUACGUUUUCCGGCGGUCGGCGAACCCAAUCUCCAAGCGACGGCGCAACAAUUGGGUCUAACGCCUGGCAGAAUUCUCUUCAGCAACGUAGCUGCUAAAGAAGAACAUGUAAGACGAGGCCAAUUAGCUGAUGUAUGUCUAGAUACGCCACUUUGCAACGGACACACGACUAGUAUGGAUGUUUUGUGGACCGGAACGCCGGUGGUUACGCUACCGGGCGAGACUCUAGCUUCUCGUGUCGCCGCUAGUCAAUUGAACACUCUCGGCUGCCCCGACUUGGUAGCGCGAACACGACAAGAGUAUCAAGAUAUCGCUGUUAGGCUGGGUACUGACAGAGAAUAUUUGAAAGCAACAAGAGUCAAGGUUUGGAAGGCCCGCUCGGAGAGCCCGCUGUUCAAUUGCAAGCUAUACGCGAUGGGCAUGGAAAUGCUAUAUAAAAAGAUGUGGGAGCGUUUUGCACAUGGAGAAACUGCAGACCACAUAUCGGCUGUCGAUAAGAAUGACAACCAGAAAUUGUUGAGCAUGUCUUAAAACAAUUUUUCCGACAAGUGUUACACGAUCACUUUAAUCAACUUUGACUUCGCGAUUAAAGAUUCUUCGUCCCCAGGAAAUUUUAGAGUUUACAGCCGUGGUUAAUAUAUCUACUCUCUCCCAAUGAGAUCUUAUAUAAAUUUCAUAUCUCUACUAUUGUUUUGUACGAUAAAUUCACGAAGCUUAAACUAGACAGUAGACAUGAAUAUAUACAUAUAUAUAUACAAGGUUCGUACGAUAUUCACGCUCUGCUCUCGCUCUAUUGCUCUUGUUAUUUAUAGUUUUCUUUCAAUGUAAUAUUUACGCGCUUCUCUCUCUCUCUUUCUCUUUCUCUUGAAAAAUAAUUGGAUCUACAUUCUGUGGAAAACUAAGAGAAACGAUUUUGUUCAUAAACGUACAAAAUUUAGAAAAGUAAUGAGAACAUCAUCAAUAGGCAAAAAUAAUAUUGGAGAAUAUAGAGAAUCUAUAGAGAAAUCAUGUUUUCAAUUUUUUAUUUUCCAGAUUGUUCGUCUUUCUGUAGAAUGUAAUAUUGACAUCUAAAUAAAGCAUUGAUAAUGGGUAUAUCAAAUGUACAAAAUUGAGAACAAAAAAAAAAUUAAUUUUCUGAUAUUCUAAACUUUAAGAAUUGUAAAAAAUUGCGAGAAAAUUAAAUCUUAAAAAUUAUAAAUUUAGAGCUUUGAAAGAAAUUGAGAUGCAAUAUUACGAAAUUAUUGUAUGCAAUGGUUUCUUUAUACUAGAAUCUACAAUUUUAUUGUAAACUGGAUUAUCACAAAUUGCAAUCGAUUUGAGAAUCCAUUAUACAUUUCACUUGCGUUGCUACAAUCAUCGCAUUGACUGCUUAUUGUAAACACUUUAUCGAGACAUUCUUUUUCCUUUCUUACAAUCGAUCCUUUAACGCACAGCUAUCCUUUGCACGUAAAUUGCCGAGAAAUGCAAGGAUACUUAACAAAGAUUAGAGUUAAUCUCUCUUUCUCGAGUUCCUUAUAUCCUAGCUUACCGUUUUUAUUCCUCAUCACCGCGACAAAAAACAAAAAGGCCGCAGAUUUCGAUUUGAAUUGAUAGUUGUGAAGAUCUUGAUAGAAAUAAAGAACUAAAAGCAUCUUAAAACGACAGAAAGAGAAACAAUGCAAAAGAUUUGAGAGAUCUUAUUAUUUAAAAUAUCAAUAAAUCUUAAGAAAUUUAAGAUUAAGAUGGCAACGAUUCAGUAAUUUCGUGAUAUAAAGUUUCAGAAAUCUAAAUUCAAAUAUUCUGUUAGUCAAUAUUCCAAGUAUAUAAAUACAAAUCGUAGAAACCGCAAGUCUUGCUAAGAAUCAUAGAAUUGAAAGAAUCGAAAAAGCUUAGAAAUAAUGCCAAAAAAGAUUGACCUAAAAAGAUCAAGAAUCUAGGAAUCUCUUAGGAUCUCGACGUCUUGAUCGUCUGGUAUUGAGAUCCUACAAGCAUUUGAAGAACGAGACGUGUUUAUUUUAGCGACUACACAGCGUGUAGCGCAAUUGUAUCAUAUGAAGCGAGUAAGGAUAAUGUUGUACGUGUAAAUAUUAAAGAUAACUGUUAAUUAUUUACUUUAAUCCGAUAAUUGAGUGAAUUGCGCGAUUUUUGUGUGAGGUAAUAAAAGAUAUUGAACUGUAAUGAACUGAUGUACGUGUAGAGAAUAAAGACAAUGAAUGAAAUAAUGAUCUCUCACGAUUUGUGUCGACAUUGUACUGUGUAACUCGAAAUAUUUAUCGGGUUAAUACAUGUAUUUGACGUAAUAAUCGCUCAAGUAACUAUAUUAUAUUUUAAACAUGCUCCAAAAUUUAUAUACAUACAAUUUAGGAAUGUAUUUUAUUUAAUUAAUAAAUAUGGAUUAUAAAUUAUGGCCAU